CAACUGUUAAAGCAAUUAUUUGGCGUGGAUUUCCGGAAGAUAUUAGAAAGUAUUUCGUUAAAGAUCAACUUGUAACAUGGUGGUCAAUUAAUUCAUGUUCAUCAUCAAUUAAUGUUAUUGAGAAAUUUCUUGGAAAUAAUCCAAAAUCAACAAUGUUUUUAAUUGAAAGUUUAAAAGGAAAACAAAUCUCUAAUUAUACUAAAUAUGAAAAUGAAGAUGAAGUGAUUUUAACUAUGGGAACACAGUUUCGUGUUAAAAGUGAUCCAUUAAAAUCAAAUGAUCUAACUGUGUACAUUCUAAUACGAGAAUUCACACUCAAUGAUUAUCUAUAUAAACAUUGGUAUAAGUUCAAUACACAUCAAUAUCAAUUAAUGUUCAAUGAAUACCUUUAUGUAAAAGUGCCUCAAAGUGUAUGGUAUUUAAAAGCAUGGAACUGCAAAAAAAUACGAGAUUUCUCAUACGUUCAUCUAGAAGAGAUAAAUAUACAAGAAUAG